AAUUUCAUUUCAGUAGUUGGUCGCAUCUUCGAGAUACUCGUUCGUUCGAUUCUACGGUAUAUAUAGUAAAAGUACACGCGGCAAAAUAAAAAAAUUGCAUUGUUUUUGCUUUUUUAUUUAGCACUGUAAUUUCUAACCUGUGUUUGUUUGUACGUUUGUUCGCGCGGCGAAAAGUGGACGCGUGACACGCGAAUGCCCCCUAACUAGACAAAUAACAUACAUAUCCAUACGAGCAAAUACAAAUACAUACAUACAUACAAACCUGUAUCUACACGCCUAUUAAAUAGGCUGAUAAAGUAGUUUUGCUCUGCAUAAAAAGCAAUAAAAUAAAAUUUGUAAAAACAAAAACAAAAAAAUCAAUUGCAAUCAAUUUGAUUUUUUGCUUUACUCUUUGGGUUUUAACUUUAAAUUUGUGGUGAAAAGUGUGUCUGCAGAACAACUCGAAAAUGAGGGAAAUCGUUCAUUUGCAAGCUGGUCAAUGCGGCAAUCAAAUUGGCUCAAAGUUCUGGGAAAUAAUAUCCGAUGAGCAUGGCAUCGACCCGAAUGGCAUGUACGUUGGUGAGAAUGAUUUGCAAUUGGAGCGCAUCGAUGUGUACUACAAUGAGGCCAGCAGUGGUAAGUAUGUACCACGAGCUGUACUCAUCGACUUGGAGCCAGGCACAAUGGAUGCUGUACGCCAAUCACCAAUGGGUAUGCUAUUCAGGCCAGAUAAUUUCGUAUUUGGGCAAUCAGGAGCGGGCAAUAACUGGGCAAAAGGUCAUUACACAGAGGGCGCUGAGCUCAUUGACUCUGUGUUGGAUGUCUUACGUAAAGAAUCCGAAGGUUGUGAUUGUCUGCAAGGCUUCCAACUAGCACAUUCACUAGGUGGUGGAACCGGUUCAGGUCUGGGUACACUGCUCAUUUCAAAGAUACGUGAAGAGUACCCCGAUAGAAUUAUGAACACUUUUUCGGUGGUGCCAUCGCCGAAGGUUUCCGAUACUGUCGUGGAGCCGUACAAUGCCACAUUGUCCAUACAUCAACUUGUCGAGAAUACCGAUGAGACAUUCUGCAUCGACAACGAGGCUUUGUACGACAUCUGCUUCCGCACACUGAAGCUGACAUCGCCCACCUAUGGCGAUUUGAAUCAUCUUGUAUCCGUCACAAUGUCUGGUGUAACAACUUGCCUACGUUUCCCCGGCCAACUGAAUGCCGAUCUGCGUAAAUUGGCCGUGAAUAUGGUGCCAUUCCCGCGUCUGCACUUUUUCAUGCCCGGCUUUGCCCCACUAACCGCCAAAGGAUCGCAACAGUAUCGCGCGUUGACCGUCUCCGAACUGACUCAGCAAAUGUUUGAUGCCAAGAAUAUGAUGACAGCGUGUGAUCCACGUCAUGGACGUUAUCUGACAGUUGCAUGCAUCUUUAGAGGCCCCAUGUCGAUGAAGGAGGUCGAUAUGCAAAUGUACAACAUCCAAAGCAAGAACAGCAGCUACUUUGUGGAAUGGAUACCAAACAAUGUUAAGGUGGCUGUUUGCGAUAUACCACCACGUGGCCUCAAAAUGUCCGCCACAUUCAUUGGCAAUACAACAGCCAUACAGGAAAUCUUCAAGCGCAUAUCCGAGCAAUUUACAGCUAUGUUCAGACGCAAGGCGUUCUUGCAUUGGUACACCGGUGAAGGCAUGGAUGAAAUGGAAUUCACCGAAGCUGAAUCGAAUAUGAACGAUUUGAUUUCGGAAUAUCAACAAUAUCAGGAGGCUAGUGUGGAGGAUGAUGUCGAGUUCGAUGACGAGCACUUUGAGCAGGAGGCGUAUGUAGAAAAUCCCGUACAAAAUGGCAGCAUCUAGGGUCAGAGAGGAUGAAUGUCACCGAAAAUGAGUUGGCUGACAUUUCGUCCAAAGUAAAAUAUUUUCAUGUUUUCAAAGCAAUAAUUACUUCUGCUGUUAUCCUACUUACAGUAUAAUUUGCAUGUAAUAAUUUGUUAAGCGCAUAACAUUUAGAAUAAAAAAAAAACAAAAAGAAAAUUAAAUA